AUGGAGAGUCCGGCUAAGAGAAGGAAGAAGAACGACUCCAAAUCCGCCGCAGUGCCGCACCGCAGCCUCGAUUUCUUUUUCCGCAAGCAAAAUGAACAACAGAAGGAAGCGAGAAAUGGAACAGUGCAGAGUGAUGAGAUGGCGACCACGGAUUUGUCGGUUUCGGAGAAGGAGCUGACAGACGAAGAACUGGCCAGAAAGCUCCAAGAGGAAUGGGCAAGAGAAGACGGACCGCGAGAAAGCACUCUGAAUGAUGCCAAUAGCCACAACUUGCCAAAGGAUGCAGAAGCACACGAGCACAAGGCUGAGGAAGAUGUCAGGGACUUUGUCACCGCUGCUAUUGAUCAGACCCCUCCAACUGGACCUCGAUCACCGUCGAACAUCAGUAAGAAGGGAGUCCUUGGAUUGCAGUCUACGGCCUCCGAAGAAGACACCAUCACAUUGAUAAUCCCCUUUGAUCAAAGUCCUUUGGUGUUCGAUCCUUCACACUAUGUCCCGGAAUUGAAGAGGCAUUGGGCAGCAGACGGAGGCAGCGCAUCAUACGCGCUUCUAACUCGAUGCUUCGUACUGGUCAAUUCAACUCAAAGUCGGAUCAAAAUUGUUGACACACUGGUCAAUUGCCUGAGGGUCAUCAUCGAGGCUGAUCCAGAGAGUCUUUUGCCUGCUGUUUGGCUAGCUACAAACUCCAUCUCGCCACCUUACAUCUCUCUGGAACUAGGUCUGGGCGGCUCUGCGAUAUCCAAGGCUUUAAAAAAGAUAUGCGGUCUCGAUGGAGCCGGCCUGAAAACACUCUAUGACAAGCACGGAGAUGCAGGAGAUGUCGCAUUUGAAGCAAAGAAGCGACAGAGCUUUACACUGAGAAAGCCAAAGCCGCUCACUAUCAAAAGUGCCUACCAAACACUAGUCAAGAUUGCCAGCAGUAAGGGCCAUGGCAGCGUCGAACAGAAGCAGCGACUAGUGGAACGCCUCCUCCAAGAUGCACGCGGACCAGAAGAGUCUCGAUACAUUGUGAGGACAUUGGUCCAGCAUCUGCGAAUUGGAGCCGUCAAGACAACCAUGCUGAUUGCUCUGGCACGAGCUUUCCAGCUCUCACGUCCGGCCGGCGCGGACUUUCCCAUCAGGAACACCGCCGAGCUAAGCAAGCUCAAGAAAGAGGAAUUGGCUGUUUUAUGGUCGAAGGCAGAAGAGACUGUGAAGACCUGCUUUGCACGGCGGCCAAAUUACAAUGACCUUGUGCCUGGCCUCCUAGAAGUUGGUGUCUCGGAAGAACUGCUGCUGCGUUGUGGCCUAGCAUUGCACAUCCCUCUACGUCCGAUGCUGGGUAGCAUUACUCGGGACUUGAGCGAGAUGCUCACAAAGUUACAAGGGCGAGACUUCAGUUGUGAAUUCAAAUACGAUGGACAGCGAGCGCAAGUUCACUGUGACGAACGCGGCAACGUCUCCAUCUUCUCCCGACAUCUCGAAGUCAUGACUGACAAAUACCCCGACUUGGUGGCGCUGGUGCCCGAAAUCCGCGGCGACGGUGUAUCCAGCUUCAUCUUAGAGGGAGAAGUCGUCGCUGUGGAUAGAAAAACAGGUGAACUCAAGACCUUCCAAACCCUUACCAACCGAGCCAAGAAGGACGUCGAUAUCGGGUCUAUCCAGGUUGAUGUGUGUUUGUUUGCAUUCGAUCUCAUGUACCUCAAUGGCGAGCCUUUACUAGAUCGUCCCUUUCGAGAGCGACGCGGCCUGCUCCGCAGCAUGUUCAUUGAAAAAGAACAUCACUUCACAUGGGUGAACAGCGUUGACGCCACCUCUGCAGACUCCGAGGCCGUGUUGGAGUUCUUCAAGUCCGCGACUGAUAUGAAAUGCGAGGGUAUCAUGGUCAAAGUGCUAGACAACUUACCGAAUCCUGAUCUUGCGGGUCUGGAGGAAGACGAAGACGUCCCUGCACCAGCACCUGUGACCCCAAGUAAGAAGAAAACCGGCAAGAAAACUCAGGCUGAGAAACAAGAAGAGAAAGAAAAAGGUACUCGUCGUAAAGCCCUCCUCUCAACUUAUGAGCCGGACAAACGCCUCGACUCCUGGCUCAAAGUGAAAAAAGACUACGCUCAGUCCGCCGAUACGAUCGACCUCAUUCCCGUAGCUGGGUGGCACGGCCAAGGCCGGAAAGCGAAGUGGUGGUCUCCCAUCCUGCUCGCGUGCCGUAAUCCUGAGACUGGGAGUUUGGAAGUGGUUACGAAAUGUAUUUCGGGGUUCACUGACAAAUUCUACCAGGCAAACAAGGAGAAAUACGCCGAAGACAGCGAUAACACAAUGCGGACAAAGCCGACUUAUAUUGAGUACAGUGCGUAUGAACCUGACGUAUGGUUCGAACCGCAAGAAGUGUGGGAGAUGGCCUUUGCAGAUAUCACGUUGUCACCGACAUACACAGCUGCGAUAGGACUGGUUAGUGAGGAGAGAGGCUUAAGUAUGCGGUUCCCCAGGUUUCUGAAGGUGAGACAAGAUAAGAGUAUUGAAGAGGCGAGUACGAACGAGUUCUUGGCCGGUUUAUACAGGAAGCAGGAAGCGCGGAUGAAGGAGACUGGGAAGGCCGGAGGAGAAGCCGAUGGCGAGGAAGACGAGUUUGAAGAAUAA